CCCCAUCAGGCCAGAUCUGCACCUCAGGCUGACCACUGAGCCUGUGUUUAUCUGGAAGGCCUCUGUCGAGUCCCUGUGGAAGACAUGGCCAGCAACUCAGUUCGGGGGUCCAGACAUGGCCGACGCGCCGAGGCCAACCAUGAGGCGGAGUUCAGCUGCUCACUACAGGAUCUGCGCGCUCUCAUGGAGCUCAGAGGACCAGAAUCUGUGACCAAGAUUCAGGAGUGUUAUGGAGAUGUUAAUGGACUGUGUGCCAGACUGAGGACAUCGCCUGUUGAUGGUUUAGACGGAAGUUCAGAGGACAUCGACCGAAGAAAACAGGAGUUUGGACAGAACCUCAUCCCUCCUAAAAAGCCAAAAACCUUUGUGCAGUUAGUCUGGGAAGCCCUGCAGGAUGUGACUUUGAUAAUCCUGGAGGUGGCAGCCAUUAUUUCACUAGGCCUUUCUUUCUACAAACCACCAGAUGCUGAGAGACAGAAUUGUGGCAGUGCAGCCGGGGGCGUGGAAGAGGAUGGUGAAGCGGAGGCAGGAUGGAUUGAGGGUGCUGCCAUUCUACUGUCAGUGGUGUGUGUGGUCCUGGUGACGGCCUUUAAUGACUGGAGUAAAGAAAAGCAGUUCCGUGGCCUUCAGAGCCGCAUCGAGCAGGAGCAGAAGUUCACCGUGGUCAGAGGGGGCCAGAUGGUCCAGAUCAAAGUAUCAGAAAUUGUCGUCGGCGACAUUGCACAAGUAAAAUAUGGUGACCUCCUUCCUGCUGAUGGCAUCCUGAUUCAGGGCAACGAUCUGAAGAUUGAUGAGAGCUCUCUGACCGGAGAGUCAGAUCAUGUCAAGAAGACUCUUGACAAAGAUCCCAUGCUGCUGUCAGGUACCCAUGUGAUGGAGGGUUCUGGCAAGAUUCUGGUCUGUGCUGUCGGUAUUAACUCUCAGACUGGAAUCAUCUUCUCGUUGCUUGGAGCCAGUGAAGAAGAUGGAGAGGAGAAAGCGGAAAAAGAAAAGAAAAAAGAGAAGCUGAAAGAGGAACUGAAAAAAAAGAAGAUUAAGGACAAAAAAAGUAAAAAAGAUGAUAAAAGCAAGAAAGGAACAGACAAGGAUGGUGUGGAGAUGCAGCCACUCAAGGAAGAUGGAGAAUUAGACAAGAAGAAGAAAAACCUACCAAAGAAGGAGAAGUCAGUUCUCCAGGGGAAGCUGACCAAACUGGCUGUGCAGAUUGGCGAAGCAGGUCUUUUUAUGUCGGCUCUCACAGUCCUCAUCCUCAUCACUCGCUUCCUGAUCGACACCUUCUGGGUGCAGGGGGUUCCCUGGUCCAAAGAGUGUAUGCCCAUCUAUAUGCAGUUCUUUGUCAAGUUCUUUAUCAUUGGUGUGACAGUGCUGGUGGUAGCUGUGCCUGAAGGUCUCCCUCUGGCUGUCACCAUCUCCCUGGCAUAUUCAGUCAAGAAAAUGAUGAAGGAUAACAAUCUUGUCCGUCACCUGGAUGCCUGUGAGACGAUGGGCAAUGCCACAGCAAUCUGCUCCGACAAGACAGGCACCCUCACUAUGAACCGCAUGACAGUGGUGCAGACGUACAUUGCAGGACGCUACUACAAAAAGGUGCCGGAACCGGGCCUGAUUCCUGCGAGGAUCUUGGACCUACUCAUCCAAGGCAUUGGGGUCAACUGCGCCUACACCACCAAGAUUAUGCCUCCAGAGAAGGAGGGAGGGCUGCCUCGUCAGAUAGGAAACAAGACUGAAUGUGCCUUACUGGGAUUCUCCCUGGACCUGCGACGUGACUACCAAACUGUUCGCAAUGAAAUCCCAGAGGAGAAGCUCUUCAAGGUCUACACCUUCAACUCUGUGAGGAAGUCUAUGAGCACUGUACUGAAGAACUAUGAUGGCAGCUACCGGAUGUACAGCAAGGGGGCCUCUGAAAUCCUGCUCAGGAAGUGCUGUAAGAUCCUUGUGUCUAGCGGCGAUGCCAAAUCCUUCAAACCUCGGGACAGAGAUGAUCUGGUGAAGAAGGUGAUUGAGCCGAUGGCUUCAGAGGGCCUUAGGACCAUCUGCCUCGCCUACAGAGACUUCCCAGCUUCUGAAGGAGAGCCUGACUGGGAAGAUGAGGCACACAUCCUCUCCGGUCUCACCUGCAUCUCCGUGGUUGGCAUUGAGGACCCUGUACGACCUGAGGUACCAGAGGCCAUCAGAAAAUGCCAGCGGGCCGGGAUCACAGUCCGAAUGGUGACGGGAGACAACAUAAAUACAGCACGGGCCAUUGCUUCCAAGUGUGGCAUACUGCAACCCGGAGACGACUUCCUGUGCAUAGAGGGCAAAGAGUUUAACCGAAGGAUCCGCAACCCAAUGGGAGAGAUUGAGCAGGAGCGUAUUGAUAAGAUUUGGCCUAAACUUAGAGUCCUCGCCAGAUCUUCUCCAACAGAUAAACACACCCUGGUGAAAGGUAUCAUCGACAGCACUGUGCUGGAGAAGAGGCAGGUUGUUGCAGUGACUGGGGAUGGAACUAACGACGGUCCUGCCCUCAAGAAAGCAGACGUUGGCUUUGCCAUGGGCAUCGCUGGUACUGAUGUGGCAAAGGAGGCAUCUGACAUCAUCCUGACUGACGAUAACUUCAGCAGCAUCGUAAAGGCCGUGAUGUGGGGAAGGAACGUCUACGACAGCAUUUCCAAGUUUUUGCAGUUCCAGCUCACUGUCAAUGUGGUUGCCGUCAUCGUGGCCUUCACCGGAGCCUGCAUCACCCAGGACUCUCCUCUGAAAGCUGUGCAGAUGCUGUGGGUCAACCUCAUCAUGGAUACCUUUGCUUCAUUGGCUCUCGCCACCGAGCCCCCGACCGAGGCGCUGCUGCUCAGGGACCCUUACGGUCGCAAGAAGCCGCUUAUUUCCCGCACCAUGAUGAAGAACAUCCUCGGACACGGAGUCUACCAGCUGACAGUAAUCUUCACCCUGCUCUUUGCUGGUGAGAAGAUAUUUGACAUCGACAGUGGCAGGAACGCCCCCCUCCAUGCCCCGCCCUCUGAGCACUACACCAUUGUCUUCAACACGUUUGUCCUGAUGCAGAUCUUCAACGAGCUCAACGCACGCAAGAUUCACGGCGAGAGGAACGUCUUUGAGGGUGUCUUCAACAACCCAAUCUUCUGCUCUAUCGUCCUCGGAACCUUUGUCAUUCAGUUCGUCAUUGUGCAGUUUGGAGGUAAACCAUUCAGCUGUGUGCGUCUGAACAUUGAGCAGUGGCUGUGGUGUACCUUUUUGGGCCUCGGCAGCCUCCUUUGGGGACAGCUGGUGUCCAGCAUCCCAACCAAGUGGCUAAAGUUCCUGAAGACAGCGGGUCAUGGAACGCAGCAGGAGGAGAUCCCUGAGGAAGAGCUGGAGGAGAUGAAGGACCAUGAGGAGAUCGAUCACGCUGAGAUGGAAAUGAGGAGGAGCCAUGUGCUCUGGUGUCGUGGCCUAAACCGCAUUCAGAAACAGAUCCGUGUGGUGAACGCCUUCAGGGACAGCGUAUCUCCCUACGAAGGUCUGGAGACGCCCGAGUCUCGCAGCUCCAUCCACAAUUUCAUGACCGCCCCCGAGUUCCGCAUUGAGGACUCUGAGCCUCAGAUACCCAUGAUCGAUGAGGUCGAUGGGGAGGACGAGGCUCCUACUAAACGGAACUCCACCGGCGCCAUUCCACCCCCGCUGACCGUACUGUCCAACCUGCAGCCACUCUCAACCAACCAGAACAACAAUGCCACGGAGCGCAUUGUUCCGCUGCAUAAGGACGCCUCCAGGCCCGGUCUGAACCAGCCCAACUCAGCAACUCUGCCGCCUUGUCCGGGGAGCCCGCUGCACAGCCUGGAGACCUCGCUCUGAACCCCAGACCUGAGCACUUCCUGUGACGAUGGUCUGUUCGUACUGUUUGUUACAACAAGAGUUCUGGUUGCUCUGAGAGCAGAGGCAUGAAGACCAAAGAAAUGUUUUUAAAAAAAGACUUCUCUAAUUGGUUCCUAUCAGAUGUUCACUACUGUUUUUUUUAGAAUCCAGGAAGCAGAAAUGUUCCCAGGUGUGUUUGUGGACGUGCACAGAGCAUUGCGUGUGCACAGACUGAUGAUUUUUUCUUUAAUUUAAUAGAUAUGGACUCUGCAGUUGUUGUUUAGGAGAAGAGUGUUUGUGAGGUGAUCGAUCAAUAAUCAGUUUCAGAUCUGUAAAUAUCAAUGUUGAUGUUCAAAAGUAGUCAGCGCGUUUUAUUUGCAAGGUUUAACCCUUUAGGACUGUGGCGGAAAUAUUUAGAGACCUUUGUAGUAAAUCUCUAAUGUCUGAUUUU